UAAUGGGUUUGAUCUUGUAUUUGUGCAGUUUUAAUCUCUCAAACCAAUUGUGGUUGUUGUCUAAUGUCGUUCUAUGCAGGCGGCAGAUUUUCGGUAUAAAAUGUGGUUCAUUAACAAGCCUUCAAUUCCAAAACAUCUCUCUUCCAACCAACCAUGAAUUUAAAAGUGAUUUAUUAUUAAAUGCUGUGCUUAUAUUUAAUACAGAUUCGAUUUUAAUGAGAAGAUUUAGGGAACCUCUAUUGUCUCGACUGAAGGAAAAUAUGGAAAAUAAUUAAGGAGCUUUUUUCUUUAUUUGCUGAGACGUUUAACUCCAAACUUGCCUUUGGAAUCAAUAUUCCUUCAUACAAAAAUUUAACUAGUACUCGUAUCUUAUCGUGGUGUAGAUAUUUAAUCAAGAGCUAUUUCCUAAUGCUGUAAGAGCAUUUAAUCACAAGUACAGUGUGCACAAUUUAUAUUCAUAUCCUAUUAGAAAUUGGGUCCAACAGACCUCGAAAUCUUGAUCAGAAAAGUUUGGAGUCUGCACUAGCCAUACGAAGCUCGACUUGGCAUCAAGAUGGAAUGGGUGUCCAUAGCUGAGAAGCUCUGGAAAGACGUCAAGCAUAAUGAUCCCAGAUAUCGUGCAGGUGUCGUGUCGUUACCUUUUAAACGUCGAUUAUACUUCAGUUUAGGUCAUGUCUUCAGCGAUUUGUGCUAUAUUGUCUGGUCAAGCUACAUCCUCAUUUACUUCAACAAAGUCGUUGGUCUCUCACCGCCUAUUGUUGGUUAUCUUUUUAUGAUCGCGCAGUGCUCAGAUGCUUUUUUAACGCCAUUUAUCGAGGUUGGGAUGGUGCGGAUUUGCCCCAAGGUAUUUCCAAGUUAUGGCAGGAGAAAGCUGUGGCACUUGUUUGGUACAGUACUGGUGUUUCUGACAUGGCCGUUAAYCUUCAGUUCUUGCUUAGUGUGUAGUGAUAGCAUUUCACCAUCAGCUAAGCUUGGUUAUUAUUCUGCUGUUGUUGUGUUACUCCAUGUGGGAUGGUCUAUCGUACGUAUUUCACAUCUAUCGUUGAUGCCGGAUAUUGUUCAACCGAACGAUGAAGCAGAGUUGAAUGCUAUCAGGUCAUGGCUGUCGUUCAUCUUUGGGAUGAUUAUAUUCAGUAUCACGUGGAUUCUUCUUGGUCAAGCAGAUGGAGAGAAGGUUACAUCAGACCUUAAGCAGCAAUUCACAACCCUUAGUUUAACUUUGGUUGGGCUUGGCCUGGUGUUCUCUUUUUUCUUCCACUGGGGAACCGUCGAACCUGACACCAGAAACUGUCGGACUCAAAGAAGCACACCAGGUGAUAUCAAAGCCAAAACCCGAAAGGCCUCAUCCAGGGACCUCUGUGUGCUCCGUAGACACACUGAGAGUAGCAUCUCUCUAAGUCAACUGGCUGAGCAAGGGUCCGGUGUUCAGAAUGAGAGUGGUGAUGAUCAGGACGAAGGUCCAUCCCGUACAUGGCGUCAGUGGCUUAAUGAUUAYGACUUGUGUAAGGUAGCUGUGGUAUACGUAUGUUCACGCGUCGUCAGUACAGUCUUACAGCUGUACAUCGUGUUUUACGUCACAGAUUCUUUGGGUUUUACCAAGGAAGCGAUUGCCUACUUCCCCAUGGCUUUGCUAAUCACUGAGGUAGUGGGCAACACUUUGGGGACGAGUAUUCGUAAAGUGCUUGGAAACAAGUGGACGUUCUGCGCAGCCUCCGUCGUUGUUUUCCAAUCCUGUGUUUGGUUUCAACUGCAGUCAAAGACAGGAGAGAACUUUGUCUUUCUGUCUUCAAUCUUAUUUGGAGCGAGCAGCUCUAUCAUGAUGGCUACUUCUCUUUCCAUGCUGGCAGAUCUGGCGAAGAAGGAUAAGAGAUCCAGUGGGUUCAUCUACUCAACCAUGGGAUUCUUUGAUAAGAUUUUGGUCGGCCUUUUUAUUCUGAUUAUAMAGAGAAACUACCCGGAUGGGAUUGGCUGUACUACUUGUGGUAACUACGCUCGUUUAGUGAUUACGUUGACACCUUCUGUGUUUACAGCCAUUGCUCUUGUCGUCGUUAUUUUUACUUCCAAAACCAACGUCUUCAUUUCUUGUAAAGAUUUGGCAAACCAAGAAGACCAGUGGACGCAAACAGACAUCGAUGCCCCACCACAAGCAUCAAAUCAAGCUAUUGACAGGAUCUACAUCAUCAACGAAGAGAAUGACGUCACAAAGAGCAAUGACGACAUACAUAUCUCACGUGACGACAAAGAUGCUGCAAAGAUGCUUACCCAAGAUAAGGGCAUGCUAUGCCGGAGUGCCCCGGUUCUGAGCAUGCGUCGUAGCUUCAGCUUCCCUGCAACAGCUCCUAAAUCAUCCGUCCAUCACUCGAGCAUCCCUGAAUGUCAAACGCUAGAAAGUGUUUCUUUGGCAGUAGAAAAGGUUGUCGUUUUCUCUUUCGAUUCGGUCGUUGCUGGGGUUUCUGAGAGGACGUCCCUCCCGCCCGCGUUAUUGGAUGGAGACGAAGAGAAAACCGAUGGGAAAUAUUCGGAGAAUUUAUACCAAAAAGUUUCUUUAUUGCGGUCUACGGAGUUAUAAACUUCACUCCUGAAGUUUACGUCUACAGAUGAUUGCAUUUGCUAUUGAAUCAAAGAUCAACAGAAAUUUUGUAAAUCUUUUUAAUCCGCCCCAGUCUUCAUCGCUAGAACUAUUAAACAGGAUGCCCGCUUACUAAGUUCUAACUAGCUCUAACUAACUACUAACUAACUCUCUCUCUCUCUCUCUCUCUCUCUCUCUCUCUCUUUUUCUUUCUUUAUUUUUAUCACUCUCUCUCUAUAUAUAUAUCUCUCUUUCCAAUUCUUGCUCCACGAUUAGGGCAAAUAACUGCCUAAAGUUCGCAAGUAUUUGCUUUUAUCUUUCUCAUGGCUUAUAAUUCAUAAUCUAGAAGCAAUCCCAGGUUCCAGAUUACUAAACCAAAACUGAGGGGUGAAAAAGAAAAAAAAUAAAUUGGAAGGCAAGAUAAUUGUGCGUGACUUGUUUGAUCCUAGUGUCAAGAUGUUUAUAAGCAAUUUGCUUCAGCUGUUCGAGUGUGAAAAGCAUUUCAGUUGCUCGUCUUAAAAAUUCUCGAAAAAAGGCCAAUGUUUUWUUUCUUUGUUCCAACUCUUUUAAGAACAUUUUUAAUAAAAUAAAUACAUUAUUUGGUACAAAGAUUAAUCGGAAUUUUAUUUGUUAAAACAAUUCCUUGCGGCGGAAGAUUCUUGAAAGCACAUGUCAACAAUAGGAGCAGCACGUGAUUUGAUGCUUAGGGCUCGUGCCUCUUUCGUAAUCACUGGACCAUGAUUGGCUAAAAGACGUCACCUGAAUCGAUAAAAUUACCAUAUUGUCAGGGGACUCGAAAAGCGAAAUGAUAUACAAAUCCGGUGAUCAAAAACCAGCUGAGGUAUAUUAUGUAUUUGAACUCGGAAAACUAUAUGUUUUAUUCACAAUUAAAGGUAUUUGAUAGUGUCAA